AGUGGCAAACCAAGACAUUGUAGAGGAAGAGAUCAUUUACAUGACAAAGUCAAAUUCUUUACAGAUUUGUCUUGUCAAAACAGGACCAACUACACCUUUCAUAUCAAGCUUGGAGCUACGGCCUUUGAGAAAUGAUAUUUAUAUUUCUCCAUAUGGUUCCUUGAAGCUCUUACACCGGGUGGGUAUGGCGACUUUUGGCACUAUACGGUAUCCUGAUGAUGUCUAUGAUCGUUCAUGGAAUACAUAUGAGUCGGCCAACGCAUUAGGAAUAACGGCAGCUCCUAAUGUGAAUUCUUCUAAUCAAUAUGAACUACCAGAAGUCAUAAUUACGUCGGCCGCUACCCCAACUUUUUCCAACUACUCUUUUCGAAUUGAUUAUGGUGUAUAUAACCGUGAUGACCAAGUCUUUAUGUAUCUGCAUUUUGCUGAGAUUCGAACACUAGAAGCCAACGAUACCAGGGAAUUCGACAUUAUAUGGCCUGGAAACAUUUCAACUCUGGCUUAUAGACCUAAGAAGUUACAAAUCGAAACCUUAUUCAAUGUCUUGCCGAAUGAAUGCGAGGGUGGAUCUUGCAUUGUGGAGCUAGUGAGAACUAAAAAGUCAACUCUUCCACCACUACUUAACGCUUAUGAGGUUUACACGGUUAUCGAUCUUCAAUACUCAGAAACAUUUUCCGAAGAUGUCAUUGCUAUCAACAAUAUCAAAGCUGCUUAUCGGUUGAACAUACUCAGUUGGCAAGGAGAUCCUUGCCUCCCUCAAGAGUAUAGAUACUUAUCAGACCGGGGAUUAAAAGGGAUCAUAGCGCCUGCCUUUCAAAACUUAACCCAGCUUCAAAAACUGGACUUAUCAAGUAACAGCUUAACUGGAGAAAUACCGGAGUUUCUAGCCAACAUGAAAUCAUUGUCGAACAUGUAAGUCUUUUCCGGAAAUAGAUGACACUUAUUUGC